UGCUCCUUUAUAGUCAUAAGUAGUUUGUACCACGGAACACAUAUAAUAUAGUAUUGGGUGAAACGCGCCAAGUAUCGCUCGUGUCUCUCGCGUACCUAUAAUAUAUACAUAUGCACGUACAGUUAUCAUUAUUAUUAUUAUUAUUAUUAUUAUCAUUACAAUUAUCGUAGACAGGCGCGCGCGCUUUCCAACUCGUGUGUUCGCACAUGUACGUAUCGACGCACGUUAAAGAAUUAUUAACACCGGACAAACGUGUUUCGGAGGAGGAGCUCCUUUAUAUAGUAUAAUUUAAAAAAAAAAAAAAAAAAAAAAAAGGAACAAUUUUUUUGCAUUUAAUUUUGGAGCAGGACAAUGAGUCCGGCUAGAGAGGAGGGCAAUCGUUCUUGUUACCUGGUGCUCGAGGACGGCAGCGUGUUCCCGGGCCAGAGUUUUGGAGCACGUCGGCAGAUAGAUGGAGAAAUCGUUUUUCAAACGGGGAUGGUCGGCUACCCCGAAUCGCUGACAGAUCCAUCCUAUUGCGAGCAAAUUUUGGUACUGACCUAUCCCUUGAUUGGCAAUUAUGGCGUCCCCAGCGACGAAGUGGACCAACACGGACUUCCCAGAUGGUUCGAGUCGGGAAAGAUCUGGACCGCCGGUCUGGUCGUCAGCGAGCUCUGCGCCACGCCGAGCCACUGGCGACAGAGCAGGUCCCUGUCGGACUGGAUGAGCGCCGAGGGCGUGCCCGGCAUCCAGAAAAUCGACACUAGGGCCCUGACCAAGGUCAUCCGCGAGAAGGGCACCAUCCUCGGCAGGAUCGUUCACACUCUACCCCCGGACCUCGCCACCCUGCCACCCAUCGUCGACCCCAACACUCGGAACCUCGUAGCCAAAGUAUCACGGACAAUGAGAACGACCUACAACCCAAAGGGCUCGCCGCGCAUCUGCGUGAUCGACUGCGGCCUCAAGUACAACCAGUUGAGGUGUUUUCUGUCGCGAGGGGCUCGCGUCGACGUCGUGCCCUGGGACCACGAGGUGCAAAACGAGCCGUACGACGGUCUGUUCCUCAGCAACGGGCCCGGCGACCCGAGCACCUGCAAACCGAUCCUCGAGAACCUCAAGCGCGUCCUCGCCGGGCCCAACGGCAAAAAGCCCAUUUUCGGCAUCUGCCUGGGCCACCAGCUACUGUCCCUCGCCGCCGGCUGCAAGAGCUACAAGAUGAGGUACGGCAACCGAGGACACAACCAGCCGGCGAUCCACGAGGGCACCGGGCGUUGUUACAUGACCUCGCAGAACCACGGCUUCGCCAUUGACGAGCGGAGCCUACCCCCCGGCUGGGAGGUGCUCUUCACCAACGCCAACGACGCGAGCAACGAGGGCAUAGUUCACGCCACCCUGCCCCACUUCUCGGUGCAGUUCCACCCGGAGCACACGGCCGGGCCGCAGGAUCUCGAGUGUCUCUUCGACGUGUUCAUGGACGCGGUGAGGGCCACCACUGGCCAAUCCGGCCCGAUGACCGUCAAGCAGAGGCUCCAGAGUAAAUUGACGUACGUACCGGUUGCCGCGCGCAAGCCGGGGGAGGAGCGCCCGAAGAAGGUGCUGAUACUCGGCUCGGGGGGCCUUAGCAUCGGCCAAGCCGGGGAGUUUGAUUACUCGGGCUCGCAGGCCAUCAAGGCCCUCAGGGAGGAGGGCAUACAGACGGUCCUCGUCAACCCGAACAUCGCGACCGUCCAGACUUCCAAGGGUAUGGCCGACAAGGUCUACUUUUUGCCGAUUCUGCCGGACUACGUCGAGCAGGUGAUACAAGCCGAGAGACCGGACGGGGUGCUGUUGACGUUCGGCGGCCAGACGGCACUGAAUUGCGGGGUGCAGCUUCAGGGCAAGGGGAUCUUCGAAAAGUACGGGGUGAGGAUACUGGGGACCCCGAUCAAGACCAUCAUCGAGACGGAGGACCGCAAGUUGUUUGCCGACCGCGUCAACGAGAUCGGGGAGAAGGUGGCGCCGAGCUGUGCCGUUUAUUCGAUCCAGGAGGCCCUGGAGGCCGCCGAGAAGCUCGGCUACCCGGUCAUGGCUCGGGCCGCCUUUUCCCUCGGCGGUCUCGGCUCGGGUUUCGCCAACACCAACGAAGAGCUCAAGACCCUCGCCCAACAGGCACUCGCUCACUCGCACCAGCUCAUCAUCGACAAGUCGCUACAGGGCUGGAAGGAGGUCGAGUACGAAGUGGUGAGGGACGCCUACGACAACUGCAUAACCGUGUGCAACAUGGAGAACGUCGAUCCCCUGGGUAUACACACCGGGGAGUCUAUAGUCGUCGCGCCGAGCCAAACCUUGUCGAACCGGGAGUACAACAUGUUGCGGACAACGGCCAUAAACGUGAUCCACCAUCUCGGCAUCGUGGGCGAGUGUAACAUACAGUACGCCCUGAAUCCCUUCUCCGAGGAGUUUUACAUAAUCGAGGUGAACGCCAGAUUGUCCAGGAGUUCGGCCCUCGCCAGCAAAGCCACCGGUUACCCCUUGGCCUACGUCGCGGCCAAACUGGCCCUCGGCAUACCACUGCCGGACAUAAAGAACCUGGUAACCGGCAAGACCACGGCUUGCUUCGAGCCGAGCUUGGAUUACUGCGUCGUCAAGAUACCGAGAUGGGAUCUCAGCAAGUUCCAUAGGGUCAGCACGAAGAUUGGCAGCUCGAUGAAGAGCGUGGGCGAAGUCAUGGCGAUAGGGCGAAAAUUCGAGGAGGCGUUCCAAAAGGCCCUGCGCAUGGUCGACGAGAACGUCAUGGGUUUUUGCCCGUACCUCAAAUCCGUGAACGAGGAAGAACUCGAGAAGCCGACCGACAAGCGCAUGUUCGUCCUCGCAGCGGCGAUAAAAGCCGGCUACACGACCGACCGUCUCUACCAAUUGACGAAAAUAGACCACUGGUUCCUCGAAAAGAUGGGCAACAUCAUCCAUUGCCAGAGCGAACUCGAGAGCAUCGGCGGCCAAUCGGCGACAGGUCUCUCCUGCGAGAUGCUCCUCGAAGCCAAGCAGCUCGGCUUCUCGGACAAACAGAUCGGCAUGGCGGUCAAGAGCACCGAGCUUGCCAUCCGGAAGCACAGGAUAAAGUGCGGCGUGUUGCCAUUCGUCAAGCAGAUCGAUACAGUGGCCGCCGAGUGGCCAGCCAGCACCAAUUACCUCUACCUCACGUACAACGGCACCAGCAGCGAUCUCGAUUUUCCCAAGGGAUACGUCAUGGUGAUCGGUUCCGGAGUGUACCGCAUCGGGAGCUCGGUCGAGUUCGACUGGUGCGCGGUGAGCUGCCUGCGGGAGUUGCGCAACCUCGGCAAGAAAACAAUCAUGGUCAAUUACAAUCCCGAGACCGUGAGCACGGAUUACGACAUGAGCGACCGAUUGUACUUUGAGGAGAUAUCGUUCGAGGUGGUGAUGGACAUAUACGAUCAGGAGGCCCCCGAGGGCAUAAUCCUCUCGAUGGGCGGCCAAUUGCCGAACAACAUAGCGAUGGACCUGCACCGCCAGCAGGCCCGCAUCCUCGGCACGUCCCCCGAGCAGAUAGACGGGGCGGAGAAUCGCUUCAAGUUUUCCCGCAUGCUCGAUCGCAUCGGGGUCUCGCAGCCGAGGUGGCGCGAGCUUACCGAUCUCGAGGCCGCGGUCGAGUUCUCCCAGGAGGUUGGCUAUCCCUGCCUCGUGCGGCCCUCGUACGUGCUCAGUGGCGCGGCCAUGAACGUGGCCCACUCGGACAACGAUCUCAAGACUUACCUGAAGAACGCGGCCAGCGUGAGUAAGAAGCACCCGGUCGUCAUAUCCAAGUUCAUCCUCGAGGCCAAGGAGAUAGACGUUGACGCGGUCGCCUACAACGGGACCAUUCUUUGCAUGGCCGUGUCCGAGCACGUGGAAAACGCCGGGGUGCACUCGGGCGAUGCAACCCUGGUCACGCCGCCGCAGGACAUUAACGCACAGACUCUGGAGAAGAUCAAGAUCAUCACGAGACAGGUGGCCCACAAUCUCGAGGUCACCGGGCCCUUCAACAUGCAACUCAUUGCCAAGGACAACGAGCUCAAGGUCAUCGAGUGCAACGUCCGCGUGUCCAGAUCAUUUCCGUUCGUCUCGAAAACCUUGGAUCACGAUUUCGUGGCUGUGGCUACGCGACUGAUCGUAGGCGAACCGGUAGAGCCGGUCGACGUUCUCGCCGGCUGUGGAAAAGUUGGCGUCAAAGUACCUCAGUUCUCCUUCUCGAGAUUAACCGGUGCCGAUGUGACUUUGGGAGUUGAAAUGGCAUCAACGGGAGAAGUGGCCUGUUUCGGGGACAACAGAUAUGAGGCUUACUUGAAGGGCAUGAUGAGCACGGGGUUCCACAUUCCUCAAAAAGGAAUACUCCUGUCGAUCGGAACGUUUAAUCACAAAUCGGAGCUCCUGCCGUCGAUCGCCAGCCUUCAAAAAAUGGGAUUCAAGCUCUACGCCAGUAUGGGAACAGCCGAUUUCUACACGGCCCACAAAAUCGACGUAGAACCGGUGCAGUGGACGUUCGAGGACGUCGUGGACAACGAGGACUCGAGUCCGAGCGAGUUACGCAACCUUGCCGAUUUCUUGUCGAAGAAGCACUUUGACCUGGUGAUCAACUUGCCGAUGCGCAACGGGGGUGCACGCCGGGUCUCCAACUUCAUGACCCAUGGCUAUCGCACCCGCAGACUUGCCGUCGAUUACUCGGUGCCGCUCAUCACGGACGUCAAGUGCGCCAAGCUCCUUGUCGAGGCCUUGCUGAUGCUCGAAGGCAAAGCACCCCGGAUGAAGACCCACACGGACUGCAUGACGUCGCGCCGGCUGCUCCGGCUGCCCGGUUUCAUCGACGUGCACGUGCACGCCCGCGACCCCGGCGCUACCCACAAGGAGGACUUUGACUCGUGCACCGCGGCUGCCCUCGCCGGUGGGGUCACCCUCAUCCUCGCCAUGCCCAACACCAACCCCUCCGUCGUCGACGAGGACACCUUCGCCCUCGCCAAAGAGCGGGCCAGGGCGAGCGCGCGUUGCGAUUACGCCCUAUUCGUCGGCGCCUCCUCCGACAACCACUCGACCAUCGUGGAGCUCGCGCCCCAGGCGGCAGCCCUCAAAAUGUACCUGAACGAGACCUUCACCACCCUACGCCUCAAGGACCUGACCGUUUGGAUCAAGCACUUUGAGAGCUGGCCGCACAAGUAUCCGAUCUGCGUGCACGCCGAGGGCCAGACAACGGCGGCCGUGCUGCUCCUGGCGAGUCUGCACAAGCGGACGAUCCACGUGUGCCACGUGGCCAGGAAGGAGGAGAUCGAAAUCAUCCGAGCGGCCAAGGAAUCGGGGCUCGCGGUGACGUGCGAAGUUUGUCCGCACCAUCUGUUCCUGUCCCAGGACGAUCUAGACCGGAUAGGUCGGAGCCGCGGCAAAGUGUGCCCGAUGCUCGGCACCAAGGAGGACGUGCAAGCCCUCUGGGACAACAUAGCCUUCAUUGAUAUUUUCGCGACCGACCACGCACCGCACACUGUGGAGGAAAAGUCCCGCGAGUCACCGCCGCCAGGCUACCCUGGCCUCGAGACGAUCCUUCCGCUGCUCUUGAACGCCGUGAACGAGGGCAAACUCGACAUUGAGGAUGUGAUCGACAAGUUCUACCGGAACCCAAAGCGCAUCUUCAAUCUGCCCGAUCAGCCCAACACGUACGUCGAAGUAGACCUCGACGAGGAAUGGACCAUCCCGGAGGCCAUGGCGUUCACAAAGUCCAAGUGGACGCCGUUCGCCGGCAUGAAGAUUAGGGGUUCCGUUCAUCGAGUCGUCCUUCGGGGCGAAGUGGCCUACGUCGAGGGCCAGGUACUGGUAAAGCCUGGCUUCGGGCAGGACGUGCGCGAGCAACAGAAAAAAAUUAAACUCAUGGCCCCGACCGUGUACCAAACGGCCCCGGAGAUCACCAGCCGGCCCAACUCGGCUAUCGAGAACAUACUGUCGCCAAAGAACAGGCCCUACUUCAACGACAAGCACGACGACGACGAGUUGCUCAUGGGUAAGGACUAUAGUUUCAUUGGUUAUGUAUAUUCAUUGACCAUAGUAUUAUGUGUUAAUUCAUGUGACAACGGGUUCGUGUUGCGUCCCACCUCGCCGCUGCCCUUCAGCACUGCGAUCCGCUACAAGAGCGACAGCAAUCCUAACCUGUUUGUGCCGCCGGCCGGUACCCCCUCCGUGCUCAACCACGGGCUUGCCGGCCAUAACAUUCUUUCGGUCGACAUGUUCAAGAAAGAGCAGCUCAAGGACAUUUUUGACGUGGCCCACGACUUGAGGAAGAGCAUACUCGCCGACAGGCCCCUCGAUCACAUUCUAAGGGGAAAAGUGAUGGCUUCGAUGUUCUACGAGGUGAGUACGAGGACGUCGUGUAGUUUCGAUGCAGCGAUGCAGAGACUGGGUGGCCGAGUCAUCCACAUGGACGAGAUCAAGUCGUCGGUCAAGAAGGGUGAAACCCUCGAAGAUUCCGUGGCAAUAAUGGCUGGUUACGCCGACGUAGUUGUCCUUCGUCACCCGGAGCGCGGCGCUAUGAAUAAAGCUGCGAUGCGAUGCCGCAAGCCGCUUAUCAAUGCCGGGGACGGUGUCGGUGAACACCCGACCCAAGCCCUGCUCGACGUCUUCACCAUUCGAGAAGAAAUGGGCACGGUCAGGGGUUUGACGAUCACGAUGGUCGGUGACCUCAAGCACGGCCGAACUGUUCACUCUCUGGCGAGGUUGUUGUCACUGUACGAGAACGUGCAGUUCCGCUACGUCAGUCCGUUGAGUCUGGGCAUGCCAGACGAGAUCGUCAAGUACGUGGCGAGCAAGGGCGUGCCCCAGGAGAAGCAUAGCAAGCUCGAGGACGUGCUCGCCGAGACGGACAUUCUCUACAUGACCCGAAUACAGAGGGAGCGCUUCGCCACCCAGGAAGAUUACGACAAAGCGUGCGGUCACUUUGUCGUGACGCCGCAGCUGAUGACGCGUGCCAAGACCAAGAUGCGAGUGAUGCACCCGCUGCCCCGUGUCUUCGAGAUAAGCGCCGAUUUCGACAACGAUCCCCGCGCCGCCUACUUCCGCCAGGCCGAGAACGGCGUCUACGUGCGCAUGGCCCUCCUCGCCAUGGUUCUCGGACGCUGCUGAUAUAAUAUUAUGUAUGUGCACCCGACCGAUCGCUCGACUCCUUUGCUCCUCUCGUCGUUACUAAGUAUUAUUUCACGAACAUAAGAGGCUACACGCAUGCACCACAAUGAAUUACUAUAUUCCCAAUUUCAUAUUGUUUUUCCAACUGGAAGGCAUAUAUUAUGUCUUUGGAGGGUAAUUAAUGUAUUAAGGUUGUACGGGCACGAGCUUUAAACGACGAGACUGAAUUUUUUGACGAUCGAUGUUUUGUAACGUUUAGUGCGCUUUACCUGCGUACACUUCAAUCGAUCGGUGAAUUAUCGAGCUGCUUUUAUCCUCACGACAAUUUUUAUUUUAGUACGUACACAUAAACAAGAUCUUGUGCCUUUUUACAUUUAGACGAUUCAUGUUGAGAUUUUGUCCAGCUGCCAAUUGUAUGUGAUGUAAAGCAGAGUCGUUUUCAACACUCGUGAAUAAUUGACCGUAUACCAUCUGUAUGCGCGAAUCAACUGUAGACGUGUGUGUGAUUCGGAGACGGGAUGUUACACAGGGCCGGUUUUAUCAACCGAUUUUUUUAGGCAAAUUUUUUUACGCAGUGCUAUCAGCUGGCUGAUUGGUGUGCAAAGAGAAUUUUUUUUUUUUUUUUUAAUUUAUAACUCGUUGAAGAAAGCCAAGUUUUUUUUUUUAUUAUGGAUCGUAAUAGUUGACACGGGAAUAUAAUUAGUAUGAAUUAGGGUAGGUAUUUUACAUGGUUUUCUCUACAGAUAUAUAUGUAUGUGAUCGGUGUCUACUCAUAAUCAUUUUUAUUAGUCGAGUUUUCCAUUUUCCAUACAAAAGUUAUAUAUUUUGCCAAGAUAAAUAAAGCUACGGCUUAAAAAUAUCAAUGAUAUGCAUGAUCUACAAAUGUAUGAGCUACUAAUCGACAUCUGUGUACGGUUUUCCUGUUGAAAUACAUUUUCUUGAAUUUAAAGUGCCCAAAUUCUGGGUGGAAUCUUAUCAAGAAACGCAAUUUCAGAUUAAGUACACUCGGCGGUACAUCAUCAUAUUAAUAAGGUAUGGCAAUUGUUUUGCUCAAAUAUGCGAGAGUAAAACAAAAAUUUGUUUUCAUUGAUGCUAUUUUUGGAUGAUUGUAAUUUUUGACAACACAUUU